AGCCAUUGCUGGCUUCAAGUUUUGUACGGAAAACAGAAGCUGAGAGUGGGAGACGCGCUUAGCAGCGCCCGCCUGCUUGCCUAGUUUGACAGUUUGGCACCUCAAAGGUGCGCAGCGGUCACGCUGACGUCAUGGGCAAGUUUCGGCUUCUGGAUUUGGUGAAGCCUUGCAUGUGCGUCUUGCCAGAGGUGAGUACGCCGGACCGAAGGAUCCCCUUCCGCGAGAAGAUCUUGUGGACGGGAAUUUCCCUGUUCGUCUUUCUGGUCUGUUGCCAGAUUCCGCUCUAUGGGAUUUCCGCAAACAAGUCCACGGAUCCUUUCUACUGGAUGCGGGUGAUUCUAGCUUCAAAUCGUGGCACUUUGAUGGAGCUGGGCAUUUCUCCAAUCGUGACCUCAGGCAUGGUGAUGCAGCUUUUGGCUGGCUCUAAGCUGCUUGAAGUGGAUCAAUCUGUCAAGGAGGAUCGAAUGCUCUUCCAAGGGGCCCAGAAGCUGUUCGGAAUGGUCAUCACUCUGGGCGAAGCAAUGGCCUAUGUGCUGAGUGGCAUGUAUGGCCCUGUCAAGGACUUGGGAGCAGGAAAUGCGAUUCUGAUCAUCCUCCAGCUUUUCUGUGCAGGAGUCAUUGUUUUGAUUCUGGAUGAACUACUCCAGAAGGGCUAUGGCUUAGGAUCAGGCAUUUCCCUCUUUAUCGCCACCAACAUUUGCGAGACUAUUUGCUGGAAGGCUUUCAGCCCAACAACCAUGAACACAGGCAAAGGACCUGAGUUCGAGGGCGCCGUGAUCGCCCUGUUCCACCUGCUGAUUUCCAGGAGCGACAAAAUCACUGCGUUGAAAGAAGCUUUCUACCGGCAGACCGCUCCAAAUAUUACCUCUUUGUUUGCGACUGUGUUGGUUUUCUUCUUCGUGAUCUAUUUCCAAGGCUUCCGCGUGGAUCUGGCAGUGAAGAACCAAAGGGUAAGAGGCCAAAUGGGAUCAUAUCCCAUCAAGCUCUUCUACACGUCGAACAUUCCCAUCAUUCUGCAGACAGCCCUCGUCUCCAACCUCUACUUCUUUUCCCAGUUGUUAUACAAGCGCUUUAAGGCC